AUGCGUCCAUGCGUCGGCUUCACUGGCCGAAGACCUGAGUAGCUGCAGGCUGCAGCGUUCAUUUGCAAAAUGGCUGACCACAGGGAAAGGGAUUCUUUUUAUUCGCAAACGGAUUUACGGUCGAAAAAUGAUGAUCCACCAAAUUCACGUUUGUUCGUCAUCUGCCACAAAAGUUUGGAGGAAGAUGAUCUCAGAAAAGCUUUUGAAAAAUUCGGAAAGAUCGAAGAUAUAUGGGUGGUCAAGAAUCGGAAUUCAGGCGAAAAUAAAGGAGUCACAUACAUUAAAUUUUCAAAAACAUCAGAGGCAGCUAUUGCUCUGGAGGAAAUGAACGGUAAAAUGUUGGGUUCUGUUGGAAGACCUAUCAAAGUAAUGAUUGCGUCAAAUCGUGAUCAAGGAUCUGUAAGAGAAACAAAUGAAGAAGAAAGAUGGGUUCGUUUGUUUUGUGUCUUACCAAAGUCUAUGACGGAUAGUGAACUUCAACAAGAAUUUUCUAAAUUUGGAUCUAUUGAAUAUGCAACUGUGGUCAAAGAUAGAAAUACAAAUGAGUCAAAAGGUUUUGGUUAUGUGAAAUUUAAGAAAGUAUCCAGUGCAGCCAAGGCAUUUGAAGAGUGUGAUAGGAAGUAUAAGGCUGUAUUUGCUGAACCAAAAAAGCCAAAACCUGAACACAUGGAUGUGAAGUAUAAUAAUGGACUAUCCCCACAUUAUGACAGUGUUGGCGGAGGUAGUACGUCAUCAAAUUUUGGAAAGAGUAGUAUUAGUUUAGAAAUUGCCACAAAUUAUCCUAAUUCUGAAGGUUACACGCAUUUGCAAGUAAUUGCACAUCCAGCAUUAAAUCAAGAUCAAUUAUGGAAGCUGUUUGAUAUUGUACCUGGCUUGGACUAUUGUCAUUUGAAAAAUGAUGUUAGGUACAGAAUGCCAAGGGGCCAGGCUGUUGUAGUAUAUUCAAAUCCUAGUGCUGCAGCAUAUGCAAGAGAAAAAUUUCAUGGUUUUGAAUAUCCUCCUGGUCAUAGGAUGAUAGUUAAACCAGAUUUAUCGAGUGUGCCUCCAAAAAGUGUUGUAAAACCUGGAAGUUCUACAGGUGGAGGGGCUAAUGCCAGGACAGAUUUAGCACAUUUGGCAGAAACCAUUGCUCAAGCUACAUCACUAAUUCAAGCUGCAGGGUUAACUGCACCGAGUUUAGAACAUUCUAUAUGUGUUAAGUUACCACCUGUGCAACCAAUGGCCAGUAUAGAUGCAGAGGUUGCAAAAAGAUGUUUUAUUGUAUGUGGUCCUCCAGUACCACCUAUAUAUGCUAUGAAGGAUGCAUUCUGCAGAUUUGGGAAUCUCAUAGAUGUGUACAUGCUCCCAGGGAAAAAUUGUGGAUAUGCAAAGUAUGCUAGUGUGGAAAGUGCAAAUGAAGCAAUUGAGGUUCUACAUGGGCAAGAAAUUUGUGGUUCCCGAUUGAAAGUGCUAGAAGCAGAAGAACGCAAUGUCGGUGAUGAUCGUAGAAAACGAUUACGAAUGGACGAAGACGAAAAUUAAUUUUUUUUUUGUGUAUCUCACUGACUGGUAUACACAAGCUGGACGCACGCAAUAAAAGAGACGAAUUUUAAGACUCACUUGACCACGUCGGGCCCGCAUCCAAGGAAACUACUCCAACUACCUACUUUUAACUAUCGCUUACGUUCGCGAUUUCAACGUUACUGAACUUUAACGAUACUUUACUUUGUCCUUACACAUCGUUACACA